GGAGCUGCCUCGGCACAACAACGUCACCGUUGGAUAAACUGGUCCCUUCGAUUGCGGGCCGCUGCAGACUGACAGCAUGUCGCCAGACGCAACCCGCACGCUGCGUCCGCCAGGUCCGCCUGGGCGCGCUGUUUUUUAAUCCAGCCGCCUCAACGGGGGAGGUGACCCCCCAAGGAGAAAACGUUCAACGCCACCAGACGCCAAAGAAAAAAACCGGCGAGAGACUGCCCCACCGUCUCGCCAUUGUCGCUCUGUUGACGGGGAUCGUCUCACCUUGAGUUUCACAAAGGCGGCCUGAACGAGGUACGAAGUAGCCCUCUCUCGGCCUCGUCAGAUCCAUUUUGGCCUGGCCUCUGUCGAACAGGCUUCAUAUACCGCGGUCACGGCGCACGACAGUCGAUCAAGACUAGACAGAUGCAAACGCUGCCCGCUACCAUGGCGCUGUCAGGCGCAGAUAAGGCGAGACCCCAGCGCCAGAGCGUCGCCAUCGUCGGCACGGGUCUGGCAGGAUUGACGACGGCCUACCUCUUGCACAAUGACGACCACGGGCGGUAUGAUGUGACGCUAUUUGAGCAGGCCGAUGAGCUGUCGUUCGACUCGGCUUCCGUCGCUGUACGGAAUCUCAAGACGGACUGCGUUGAGCGUGUCGACUUGCCGAUGCGCGCAUGCGCCGCUGGCUACUACGCCAACCUGAUGCGCAUGUACAGCUACCUAGGAAUCCCCCUUCACCCUGUGCGCUUCCUUUUCGUCUUUGCCAAUGCACUCGCAUCGUCGGCGUCGUCGCCGCGGAGCGAGGCCACUGCACCAGAGGAUGCCGGCUCAGCGCCCGGCAGCUAUUUCGUGCACGCAUCAAACCUGCACAAGACGCCGCCGCCCUGGCCGAGCAAUCGUGGCGUCUUCGCGCACUUCUGUGAGAUCCUGUACCUCAUCGUGUGCCAGCUCUGGUUCUCGACGAUCUGCUUCUGGGUGCCGCCAGAGACGGGCGACGGAGACGACAGCGAGACGCUUGCCGAGUAUCUCGAGCGCGUGUGGCUGCCCCGGAGGUACAUAUCUCACUAUCUGCUACCGCUGAUGAGUAGCGUCUCGACAUGCGACCAUGCCGAUAUGAUGGCAUUUCCGGCAAGUGACGUGGUCAACUACAAGCGGCUAUCGCAUGGACAGCAACACUACGCCGUCUGCGGAGGGGUCCGUCAGGUUCAGUCAAAACUGGUCCAGGGGAUGCGGGACAUCCGCCUAGGCUGUCGUGUCAUCACCGUGGAGGUCGUCAGCAAGGCGUCGGGCGAUGGCGUCUCAGUGCGCUGGCAGCCAGGCACGGCCGAGGCGACCGAGGAGCGAUUCGAUCACGUGGUUCUAGCCGUGUCGCCCGAUGUCGCGACCAGGAUUUUCCAUCCCUUGUCUACGGCUCUCGGCAACAUGCCCACGAAAUGGGUUGAGAGCUCAGUACUGAGCCCGCGGCCCGGUGCCUUCUCCGUAGCUCACGGCGACUUGCCACAGAGCUGUUCGCACCAUGGGGACGAUAAGUCGCCGUCACAGGUCAUCACGUUCAGGAGCACCUUUGGCGACGGAGCACGUACCGAGGCUCUGCAUGCCAUGCCAGGCGGCGUUCUAGUCAGCACACAGCACACUGCCACUGUCGAGAGCAAAGCGGUACUCAAGACGGCGGGCUUCACGAGGACGCUCCGGACGCCGGCCAGCAGGGCGGCAACGCAACGUGUCAUGGAAAGCAAUCCGGCGUCGGACAGCCGUACGCACUGGGUCAACGGCGAGAAUGACGUAUGGCUUGCCGGUUCGUGGUGUUGGGACGGCAUGGUGUUGCUGGAGGGCUGCGUUGUGUCGGCCAUAAGAGUUGCCGACAACCUGGGCGUGCGCAUCCCUUGGCAAUGAGCGUAAUAAUCAGUCCCUACUGGACUUAAUAGUUCUGGGCUGUACUUCGUACAGCACUUAAUAAUGACGAUGAUGAAGGCGUGA